ACAUACUCGUUGAGAGCACUACACAAGCUAUGGGGUUGACUGAGAUCACGCUGGUGUUGGUGUCUCUGGCCUUCGUCGCAACCGCUGCGGCCCACGAUUGCCAAAACGGAACGAGACCCGCCUCGGAAGAAAAGAGAGAAGGCUGCGACUAUUACUGCUGGAACGCUGAGACCAAAUCAUGGGACAAAUUUUUCUUCGGGAACGGAGAACGAUGCUUUUACAACAAUGGUGAUGAGGGAUUAUGUCAAAACGGAGAAUGCCAUUUGACAACAGAUUCAGGUGUGCCCAAUGACACUGAUGCAAAAAAAGAAGAAACCGAAGAAGAGUUAGAAGCCUAAGGGCAAGUCCUGAAACUAAACCAGGCUUAAUAAAGCUAAAGCACUGACUGUU